AAAAAUCAAUUUGUUGCCUUUUGAGUCCAAGUGAUAUUUAAGAACACGCGUUCAAAGGCAGUCCAAAGACAUUGCAAUCCGUUUUUAGUGUUCAGAAAUUAGAGGGACAUUGUUGUUUUGUCUUCUUCCAUGCUUUCAGUCAUUACAUUUUCUAGCAGAAGCUAACGAAGGAAGCGUACGCGGCAGACAUGCAAAGAUGAGUACAUAUCCUUCCUGCCCAGAUAACCGAACACCUUACGUUGUCCGAAAAUGCAUUGCCCUUUUGCAAAUUUGUGCCUCUUCCAGGUUCAAACUGAAACAAAUCCAUGCCUUCUCUAUCAGACAUGGCAUCCCAGUAACCAGCUUAGACAUGGCCAAGCACCUUAUAUACACUGCCGUUUCCCUUUCAGUCCCUAUGAACUAUGCACACAAUAUUUUUACCCAAAUCCAAAGCCCAAACGUUUUCACAUGGAAUACCAUGAUUAGAGGCUAUGCUGAGAGUGAAAAUCCAAAACCAGCCAUUGAAUUGUACCACCACAUGCAACUGAAACCUGACACACACACAUAUCCUUUUCUUUUGAAGGCCGUGUCUAAGGUGGUCGAUGUUAAAGUGGGUGAAAAGAUACAUUCCCUUGUUGCAAAAAAUGGGUUCGAAUCAUUGUUGUUUGUUCAAAACAGCUUGCUUCAUAUGUAUGCUGCUUGUGGCCGGUUCGAGAGUGCGUACAAAGUAUUUGAAUUAAUGCCUGAGAAGGAUAUUGUGGCUUGGAAUUCUGUGAUUAAUGGUUUUGCUCUGAACGGGAAACCCAAUGAGGCUUUAACACUUUAUAAGAGAAUGGGUUCUGAAGGUGUUGAGCCGGACGGAUUCACUAUGGUUAGUUUGCUGUCUGCCUGUGCUGAGCUUGCAACGUUGGCCUUGGGCAGGAGGGCUCAUGCGUUUAUGGUGAAAGUUGGUCUCAACAAAAAUUUGCAUGCUAAUAAUGCCCUUCUGGACCUUUAUGCAAAGUGCGGAACCAUUAGUGAAGCACGCAAGAUUUUUGAUGAGAUGGGAAUUGAGAGGAAUGUGGUUUCUUGGACUUCUUUGAUUGUUGGAUUGGCUGUUAAUGGAUUCGGUAAAGAAGCUCUCGAGCAUUUCAAGGAUAUGGAGAGAGAGGGAUUGGUGCCUAGUGAGAUCACUUUUGUUGGGGUCUUAUAUGCUUGUAGUCAUUGCGGUAUAGUUAGUGAGGGGUUUGAAUACUUCAAAAGGAUGAAGGAGCAAUAUGAUAUUGUGCCUAGAAUAGAGCACUAUGGUUGCAUGGUUGAUUUGCUUGGUAGAGCAGGCUUGUUGAAAGAAGCAUAUGAUUAUAUUCAGGAUAUGCCACUGCAGCCUAAUGCUGUUAUUUGGAGGACCUUGUUAGGGGCUUGUACAAUACAUGGGCAUUUAGGCUUAGGAGCAUUUGCAAGAGCCCGACUCUUACAGUUGGAGCCUAAAGACAGCGGAGAUUAUGUGCUCCUCUCCAAUCUGUAUGCAUCCGAGCAGCGUUGGUCAGAUGUACAUGAGGUGAGAAGGACAAUGCUUAGUGAAGGAGUCAGAAAAACUCCAGGGUAUAGCCUUGUAGAGUUGGGAAAUCAUGUCCUUGAGUUUGUUAUGGGUGAUAGGACUCAUCCUCAAAGUGAGGCAAUAUAUAAAAUGUUAGUGGAGAUAGCCAAGAAGUUGAAAUUGGCAGGCUAUGUGCCUCACACGGCAAAUGUGCUUGCAGACAUUGAAGACGAAGAAAAGGAAAGUGCUUUGUUUUAUCAUAGUGAGAAGAUUGCAAUUGCUUUUAUGCUCAUUAAUACACUACCAGGGACCCAAAUUAGGAUUAUUAAGAAUUUAAGAGUAUGCGCAGAUUGUCAUUUUGCAAUUAAGCUAAUAUCAAAGGUUUUUGAAAGAGACAUUGUUGUGAGGGACUGCAGCCGCUUUCACCAUUUUAGAGACGGUUCUUGUUCUUGUAGGGAUUACUGGUGAAUUUUGGGAUGGUUUUAUCAAUUAGUGCAAUAAAGGAAACAUAUGAAGGUUUGAUUAGGAAAUGCAAAAAUCUAUGCAGUUAUUGACUUCAUUGUUUUGCAUUUCUAGCACUGAUAUUGGUGGCCUUGGAUUUGGCAGGAUUUUUACAUUGCGCUUGACAUGCGGUUGUGAUAGAUUUUGCUGAUUCCAAAUUUAUACUGUCGUCUUCACGUAUAAAUCAUUGUUUACUGUUGUCAAGCACGUGCUUCUCUAAAAUCUUACAAGCAUUUGAUAUUUAAAUACGGAUUGACAAAGAAUCUGAUAUUUAUGAGAUUGCUUUGGAGGAUGAUACUGUUUUGGCAAUGAGGCUACUUGGGCUUGACAGAAAGAGUUUUUAGAGCUGCAAAGUCCAAGGGGGGUUAUUUGAGGCACCUGCCUAGUUGUAACUGGCUAUACUUGUCAACAUUCGCUACACUGAAAGAAUUCGCAUCUAUAAAGGCAUUGAAAGAGCAUGGGUUUCCAGUUCCCAAAGCUGUGGAUUGUAAUAGGCAUUGUGUGGUUAUAUCACCUGUUCAAGGUUAACCACUUGUCCAGGUGAAGCGAUUGAGAAAUCUGAAAACAGUUUUGAAAUGAUACUUGGCUGUAUCAUUUGUCACGCAGAACGUGGUCUUAUUCAAUGUGUUCUCAAUGAAUUUAAUUAUUAGAGGAUGCAUUUGGUGUCAACUUAAUACCUGUGCUAAUUGUCUUCUGGUUAUGUUUUUGUGCUCUACAUUUAUUCCCUUCUUGAAUUUCCGUGCU